AUGGACGAGUUGCAUCGGAUUGGAGCUACUCCGUUAGUCUGCUCUAUUUCUGGCAACAGAGCUCCUUUCCCGCUGCCCAAUCGCCCAAGCGAGUGCAAAACUCUUCAUAUGUUUGGCUCUCAACAACCCCAGAUUCCAUCCUUCUAUCCUCCGGCCACGUCGCAACCUGAAUGGCAGCAGCCUCCCACAAAUCAGGCGCCUGGUAUGCCCUGGCAGCCCUCGGACAUCGCCCCACCUCCGCAGCUUCCUCCGCGCGUGUCGCAAGCGGGCGCAUCCUCCUAUAAUCCGGGAACAUAUGGUCCGAUGCCAGGGGCCGGUGCCUCUUCAUCGAUAGACCAGAAUAUCCAUUCGGGAUUCUCGCCUGUUGGUGGUGACACUACUUCAUGGGGCGUCAAAUUUAACCACCAGCUCCCGCACCAUCGUCCUCAGUCCAGCCUCUACGGAAAUCAGUCCCCUGGCCCGCCGUUACCACCCCGCCCGUCAAGUGCGUUUGAUCAUGGGCAAUCGCAAUCGCAGUCACCAGUGCAGGCUACUCCAUGGUCCGCUCCAGCACCCACGUCUACCCCUCCGCUCCAAUCGAACCAACAACUUUACCCACAAACCCUGUCGAUGAAUAUAUCCGAGCGUCAUUCUUACUACCAGCAGCAAGAACCCUGGCAAACGUUCCAAGAUCCCAACGCCCAUAGUACUCAACCAAUUCCGCCGCCGCCGCCACCUCUGCCACCAGCAUACCAAGCAGAGCAGCAACAACUCUCACAGGGCUGGACAUCACAGCCACCAUAUUCCGAUCAGGCCCCGACACGCCAGUAUGAUGACCCGACGCAACAACGGCCCCCUGACCCAGCGACUUCGGAGCCACCUACCGUGGGUCAACAUGCUUCUACAGGAAAUGGAAUAUAUGGCCAACAUCAGGCCACUCCGCUCGCGGGCUUUGUCACUGCUUUAUCACCACCACCAAAUCUCAUGAGCCCCUAUGGGUCGCUCCUACCACCGGCCUCAGUUGCUCCUGCAACUCCGCAGUCUCCUCCCGUUGUAUCAACUUCAUCAGCAUUAGGCUCAGGCUGUCCAUCUGAUUGGGAACAUUUUUCCGCCAGGCAUGACGAAAUCGACGACACAGCUACCUUCAAUUUCAAGUCGAAUGUGUCUCCAGAGAAGCCCAAUACUUAUGAGCUGCCUUCAGCCACAGCUCCACCUACCUUGAAUGGACCGAAUGAGCGAGACCAUGUCCUGCCCGCGGAGAACCCGCAGAGCUAUGCGGUGCCUGAACCCACCAGAAAACCAUCUCCCAGUCCACCGGUUAGCCCAAAUAUUCCCCCAAGGAUCGCGCCUGAUAAGCCUCCACCACUCAACCGAGCUGAUAGUUUGUCUUCAUCUGUAAUUUCGACCGAUGAUUCUACAAUAAUAGAUGGAGUAAUCCAAGCGUGGUCCAAUCCGGUGCCGCCGAAAACAACUUCGGUUGAUGCCACACAACCUAAAGAUGCUUCUUCGACGUCGUCGUCUUAUGCCUCUGAGCAACCUCACAUUCCAUCCUCGCCUUCCCCUCGUGCUCAUACUCCUAAGCAUGAGAGUCCACGAUCCACGACUCCCAAAGCGGAACAGUCAGCGCCUAAGACCAUAAUAAAAGUUGUUGACUUGUAUGAAGACCUUGAUCCUUGGUACAAGUCUUCUUUGGGCCGAUAUGUUACCAUGCUCCGAAAAGAAAUGGCUGCAGAAUCAGACGAAGAGAGGUUUAAAAUUUUUACCCACUUUCUUAAUAAGGAAGCAAAGUUGCGCGAAAUACUCUAUGGUAUUGAGGACACAGCAAACACUUCAAAUAGCGAGCCGACAAGAAACCUUUCCGCUAGAAGGCAAUCUUUAACUUUACCAGCAUUAAACACCUCCAAAGAUAGCGCCCCCUUGGAAAUGGGAGAUGACGUGAGUAACCUGACUUCAAAGGAUGGUUUUAGCAAAACUUCUCUCGGGGCUUCCAUGCAGAAUUUUCCCCGAUCAGUAUCAGUUCCCCCUGGAGCUAGCUCGGUUGUGUCUAGGAAUCCGAAUCUAACUCCGCUCUUAAGUCAACCUACAAGGCCGGUUUACACACCGUUCCGAUACACUGAAGGGCCCCAAAGGGGCUCAGGUCCGUUGACUUUUGAUCGGCCGGCGUUUCAGGCAUAUUCUGCUUUGCGGCAAGCAUCUGUCUCCAGUGGCCGAACACUCGCUCACCAAGCUGCCAACGCUUUUAGUGGAGCCUCCCUAGAGUCUCCAUCCAUGGGGAAGGCGGAGCACGAUGAAACGUUCAUCGGACUAAUCAGGGAAAAGAGUGUCGCUUAUCGCGGGCGACAUAGAGGUUCUGACCCUCAUACAAAACUGUCAGGGGAGACAUCAGUAACAGGGAACCCGAGAACAAUCUUUGAUAGCCUGCGAGAUGUAAUUCCUCCGACGCUUCCAAACCCAGCUGCAAACCCGGAUGUCAUUGAGCUCCGCAAGGAACUAGAAGGUAUCCAGGAUGAUUUCAACUUCAUCCAAGUAUCCAUCGAUGCGUGGGAUGAACAGGCGCGCACUAGGCGGCCCGAGCUAGACCGUCAACGUCGAGUGAGGCAAGAGGAAUCCGAGCACCAUAUCGAUGGCCUUUUCAAUGAUAAGGAGAUAGGGUAUUCGGACAUUAAUGUCUUGGAGGAUGAGUUUAGGGAAACGGAAGCGCAACGACAGCUGACUGAAGAAAGGAAGGAGUUUGAAAACUACCUCGAUAAUGUUUUUAAUCCGAUAGAAAACCGGCUGAAGGAUGAUAUAUCUAGACUCCAAGCUCAAUAUGAUCGAGCUGUCGAUAUGCUCAAUGCUGAUACCGCAACAAGCGACCUAUUACCUGGCUCGCCAAAAACGACAAAGUAUGAGCUUUCACAUGUGAUGCAGAUCGCCGUAGAACUGUUCCAAAAGCUUGAGGUUCGAUAUGCCAAGCAAACGGAAGCGAUCAUCGACCGGGAACGGCGGCGUAAAAAAGCCGAGCGUAGAUACUAUGUUUUCCUCGGUGAGACUUCGUCGCUAAAGCAGCUCGAUCAGGAUUUCGAUGCAAUGGAAAAGAGCACCAUCCUGAAUGCUGCGAAGGAAAAGGACAGCCGUUCGAAUACGCUCAUGGAUGCGUUUGAUGAUGCGAGCAUGCGUGGACUGGGCGAGAACCAAAGUGUCCUAGACGAUAUCGCCGGCAAGGUGAAAAGGGUCACCGCGCAAUACCUCAAUAUCUUAGGCCGUCUACCCUCAGACACAGAACAGAUAAUGGCUUCCGCCUUAGCUUUGGUCAAAUAUCUUGGCACGGAUUCUGAAUCCAUCCUUCAGAGUUUUGGCAUAGCUGAUCGAGCAUUAAAUGAGGCAGACUACGAAGUCUCCGUCUCAGAAGCGCGCGUCUCAAACGCAGAUCCCGAUAUCUUCCGUCGCCUCGAAGAGGAGAAAAGGAAAGAAGACGUGAAAAUUCACGAUGACCUCCAAACUCGCCUCGAUAGCGUGCGUAUGGGUCACGAGGCGUUGAUGGCUAAUCUUCGUGAAGCAUUAAAUAUAACCCGAAGAGUAGGGUCUAACAUGUCCGCAUCUAAUGAGGAUGCUCGGAAGGGCCGGUCAUCACCCGCUGCUCCUCCUAUCGAAUCCAUCGCCGAAGGGCUCCUAUCAAUUCCAUCAAACACCCCGCUUGGACCAAACUCUGCGGGAGUCGAGGAUGAUCAGCAGCAACGACAUCGGAAAGCGCUGGAAGAUGCCAAACGAAGAAAUGCGGCGAAAGGGAUUGCUCCAUGA